AUGUUCAUAGAUACAGCAGCUGGAGGUUCCCUGCUCAAGAAAGGGAGCUCGGAGGCUAUGGAGAUCAUUGAAAGCAUGGCCACUACCAGUUAUCAAUGGCUAUCCGAGAGAGUGCAGUUGAAGAAAAUUGUUGUUGCGUCUAGCUCAGAUCCCAUGGCAUUGAUUUUGACUCAACUGGCAGAAAUGAACUCGAGAAUUGCAGCGUUAACUUUGGGCAAUCCUGAGCCGGCUGUGGAGAUCCCAACAGGCAUAGAAGACGCCAACUACAUCAAUGACAGAAACUAUGGAAACUUUCAACAUAGGCAACAAGGUGGAUAUAAUAGUGGACAACAGUUUCAUCAUGGAGGGCGUCGACAACCAAAUUUGGCUUACGAGAAUCUCAACAAUGCAAUUCAACCUCCACCAGGCUUCUCGGUAACCAAUGGAGUGAUAAAUGAAGAGAAGAAGCCGAAUAUAGAGGAGUUGCUAAUGAAGUUCAUGUCCAAAUCCGACGAGAGGAUGGAAAAGUUAGAGUCCAAUGCCGCUGCUGUGGGGACUCAAAUGAAGAUGAUCGUAGAUUUGCCGAGCGGGACUACACAAGAAGGGCCCAAGACGACAAAGUAUGAGAGUGCACCGCCGUUUGAGGAAAAAGCUGAGGAGCGCCAUAAGAAAGAGAGGAUGAAAGAACGGCUUUAUAAGUUUUUAGAGAUCUUCAAGAAGGUGAACAUCAAUGUUCCUUUGGUGGAGAUGUUACUAGAGAUGCCGCAUAAUGCCAAAUUCCUCAAGAACAUAGUCUCGCGAAAGAAGAAGUUGGGGGAGUUUAAGACCGUGAGGCUCAAUGAAGAAUGCAGCGCGAUUCUGCAGAGGAAGCUGCCAGCGAAGGUCAACGAUCCGGGCAGUUUAACACUUUCCUGCAUUAUUGGAGGCCAGCAUUUCGGGAGAUCACUUUGCGACUUGGGGGCAAGCAUCAAUCUCAUGCCGUUAUCUGUUUUCAAGCAACUGGCAAUUGUGGAGUUGAAGCCGACAUCUAUGAGGCUGCAGAUGGACCCAGGUGAUCAGAAAUUUAAAGGAGGAGACUUGGAUGGACACCACGGAGCAGGGAGCAGCUGGUCGCAGCACUGCUUGUACCAGCCUCCUUAA